AUGACGGUGUUCAGGCAGGAGAACCUGGAGGAGCACUACGAGACCGGCGACGAGCUGGGCAGUGGGCAGUUUGCUGUAGUGAAAAAAUGCCGUGAGAAGAGCACUGGUCAGCAAUUUGCAGCAAAAUUCAUCAAGAAAAGGAGAACAAAAUCCAGCCGUCGAGGAGUAAGCCGGGAAGACAUUGAGCGAGAAGUGAACAUACUAAAAGAAAUUCGACAUCCGAAUGUGAUCACACUGCAUGAUGUUUAUGAGAAUAAAACAGAUGUCAUUCUUAUUCUGGAACUUGUUGCAGGUGGAGAGCUCUUUGACUUCUUAGCCGAAAAAGAAUCUCUCACAGAAGAGGAAGCCACAGAAUUUCUCAAACAAAUACUUAAUGGUGUUCAGUAUCUCCAUUCUCUGCAAAUUGCCCACUUUGAUCUUAAGCCUGAAAAUAUAAUGUUGCUGGACAGGAAUGUACCGAAGCCUCGAAUCAAGAUUAUUGACUUUGGUUUAGCACACAAAAUUGACUUUGGAAAUGAAUUCAAAAAUAUUUUUGGAACACCGGAGUUUGUUGCUCCAGAAAUAGUAAAUUAUGAACCUCUUGGUCUUGAAGCAGAUAUGUGGAGUAUUGGUGUAAUAACUUACAUUCUUUUAAGUGGUGCAUCACCAUUUCUUGGAGAAACCAAACAGGAAACGUUAGCAAAUGUGUCUGCUGUGAACUAUGAUUUUGAGGAGGAAUUCUUCAGUAAUACUAGUGCCCUAGCUAAAGAUUUUAUACGAAGACUUCUAGUCAAGGAUCCAAAGAAAAGAAUGACUAUCCAAGACAGUUUAUUGCAUCCUUGGAUCAAGCCUAAAGACACCCAACAAGCACUUAGUAGAAAAGCAUCUGCAGUGAACAUGGAGAAAUUCAAAAAGUUUGCAGCACGACGAAAAUGGAAACAAUCAGUACGCUUAAUAUCCUUGUGCCAAAGAUUAUCAAGAUCUUUCUUGUCCAGAAGUAACAUGAGUGUUGCUAGGAGUGAUGAUACUCUGGAUGAGGAAGAUUCAUUUGUGAUGAAAGCUAUUAUUCAUGCCAUCAAUGAUGACAAUGUUCCUGGAUUACAGCACCUUCUGGGAUCUCUGGCAAAUUACGAUGUCAAUCAACCCAACAAGCAUGGAACACCACCUUUAUUAAUCGCUGCUGGCUGUGGAAAUAUUCAGAUGCUUCAGUUGCUUUUAAAGCGUGGAUCUCGUAUCGAUGUUCAAGAUAAGGCUGGAUCUAAUGCAAUCUACUGGGCUUCUCGACAUGGUCAUGUAGAAACACUGAAAUUUCUUAAUGAGAAUAAGUGUCCUUUGGAUGUCAAGGAUAAGUCUGGAGAAACAGCUCUCCAUGUUGCAGCUCGGUAUGGGCAUGUGGAUGUGGUUCAGUUUCUCUGUAGUGUUGGAUCCUAUCCAGACUUUCAAGACAAGGAGGAAGAAACACCAUUGCAUUGUGCUGCUUGGCAUGGUUACUACUCUGUUGCCAAAGCACUUUGUGAAGCAGGUUGUAAUGUGAACAUCAAAAACAAAGAAGGGGAGACUCCUCUCCUAACAGCAUCUGCUAGGGGUUACCAUGAUAUUGUGGAAUGCUUGGCAGAGCACGGAGCUGACCUUGAUGCAACAGACAAGGAUGGGCACAUAGCCCUACACCUUGCUGUGAGAAGAUGUCAAAUGGAAGUGGUUAAAACUCUUAUCAGCCAGGGAUGUUUCGUAGACUUCCAAGACAGACAUGGCAACACCCCUCUGCAUGUGGCUUGCAAGGAUGGGAACGUUCCUAUUGUGAUGGCACUCUGUGAAGCAAGUUGUAAUUUGGAUGUCAUUAAUAAGUAUGGAAGAACACCUCUACAUCUGGCAGCGAAUAAUGGUAUUCUUGAUGUUGUCCGGUUUCUGUGUCUCACUGGUGCCAAUGUAGAAGCUUUAACCUCUGAUGGGAAAACAGCAGAAGAUCUUGCCAGAGCAGAGCAACAUGAACAUGUAGCUGGUCUGCUUGCAAGACUCAAAAAGGAUGCGCACAGAGGGCUUUUUAUUCAACAGCUCCGACACACGCAGAAUCCACAGCCCAGGAUCAAACUGAAGCUGUUCGGACAUUCUGGCUCUGGGAAGACGACCCUUGUGGAGUCUCUCAAGUGCGGCCUCCUAAGAAGCUUUUUUCGAAGGCGUAGGCCUAGGCUUUCCUCCACAAAUUCAUCCAGAUUCCCACCAUCUCCUUUGUCUUCCAAACCCUCAGUUUCAGUAAGCAUUUCAAAUCUUUAUCCUGGCUGUGAGAAUGUUAGUGUGAGAAGCCGCAGCAUGAUGUUCGAGCCAGGCCUGACCAAAGGGGUGUUGGAAGCUUUUGUCUCUCCGGCGCAUCACUCGCACUUCUCUGCUGAUGACCAGUCCACCAAGGCCAUUGACAUUCAGAAUGCCAACUUGAAUGGAGUUGGUGAUUUCAGCAUCUGGGAAUUCUCUGGGAAUCCUGUGUAUUUCUGCUGCUACGAUUAUUUCGCUGCAAAUGAUCCCACCACAAUUCACAUAGUGCUUUUUAGCCUCGAGGAGCCUUAUGAAAUCCAGUUAAACCAAGUGACCUUUUGGCUUAAUUUCCUAAAAUCCUUAGUCCCAGCUGAGGAACCAAUAGCAUUUGCUGGAAAGCUGAAAACUCCACUGCGUGUUGUUUUGGUCGCCACACAUGCUGACAUAGUGAAUCUUCCUCGGCCUGCUGGAGAAUUUGCAUAUGACAAAGACAUGUCAUUGCUAAAAGAAAUCAGAAAUAGGUUUGGAAAUGAUCUACAAAUCUCAGACAAGUUAUUUGUCUUGGAUGCUGGUGCAUCAGGGUCUAAAGAUAUGAAGCUUCUCAGAAAUCACCUGCAAGAAAUAAGAAGCCAGAUAAUUUCUACAUGCCCACCUAUGACUCAUCUGUGUGAAAAAAUAAUCUCCACACUCCCUUCGUGGCGAAAAAUGAAUGGUCCCAACCAGCUGAUGUCCUUGCAGCAGUUUGUAUAUGACGUACAGGAGCAGCUUAAUCCCCUGGCAAGUGAAGAUGAUCUACGGCAUAUUGCACAGCAGUUGCAUAGCAUAGGAGAAAUAAACAUUAUGCAGAGUGAAACUGUCCAAGAUGUUGUGCUUCUGGAUCCCCGCUGGCUCUGCACAAAUGUCCUUGGAAAAAUCCUGUCAGUGGAAAACCCGAAAGCCCUACAUCACUAUAGAGGUCGAUACACUAUAGAGGACAUCCAGCGUCUGGUGACAGAUAGUGACGUGGAAGAACUGAUACAGAUUUUAGAUGCCAUGGAUAUUUGUGCAAGAGAUCUCAGCAGUGGAGCAAUGGUGGAUAUUCCUGCUCUCAUCAAGACCGACAAUCUUCACAGGUCUUGGACAGAUGAGGAGGACGAGGUGCUGAUUUAUGGUGGUGUUAGAAUCGUUCCUGUGGAACACCUUACACCGUUUCCUUGUGGAAUUUUUCAUAAAGUUCAAGUAAAUCUCUGCAGGUGGAUUCAUCAGCAAAGCACAGAGGGAGAUGCUGAUAUACGUCUGUGGGUAAAUGGAUCAAAAAUUAUGAAUCGUGGAGCCGAGCUUUUAGUGUUGUUAGUCAACCAUGGUCAGGGUAUAGAGGUUCAAGUUAGAGGACUGGAAACAGAGAAGAUCAAGUGCUGUUUACUUCUGGAUUCUGUAUGCAGCACCAUUGAUAAUUUAAUGGCCACAACCUUGCCAGGCCUCCUGACUGUGAAAUACUACCUUAGCCCUCAGCAGCUGAGGGAGCAUCACGAACCAGUAAUGGUCUACCAGCCUAGAGACUUUUUCCGUGCACAAAGUCAAAAGGAGACAUCGUUAACUAACACGAUGGGGGGAUAUAAAGAAAGCUUUAGUAGCAUACUGUGUUUUGGGUGUCUUGAUGUCUACUCCCAGGGAAGUUUAGGAAUGGAUAUUCACAUUUCAGAUCUGAAUCUACUUACUAGGAGAAAACUAAGCCGACUUUUAGAUCCGCCUGAUCCCAUGGGCAAAGAUUGGUGCCUUCUGGCCAUGAACCUAGGCCUCCCUGAUCUUGUUGCAAAAUACAAUAUAAAUAAUGGAACACAAAAUGACUUUAUCUCGAGCCCAGUCCAUGCCCUCCUGCAGGAAUGGAGCAAUGCUCCGGAGAGCACUGUAGGUAUCCUAAUGUCCAAACUGAGGGAAUUGGGUCGGAGGGAUGCAGCAGACUUUUUACUGAAGGCAUCCCCUAUAUUCAAAAUAAAUUUAGAUGCUAAUGGGCAGGAGGCUUACGCAUCAAGUUGCAACAGUGGCACAUCUUACAAUUCGAUUAGCUCUGUUGUGUCGCGAUAAGAGCAGGUGUUUUGCAUGGACAGUAUCUUUUUAAACUGCAGAAAGGAUAAAGGAUACAGUAUAGGAGGCUCUUUCCACUUUCAGUUAUGGUAUAUUACAUCAAAGGGGCUUUAUCCUUCUUCUGCACCACCUUUUUGUGUAGAAUCUUUCUACUUUUAACUGUGAAUUGUUGCUCUUUAUUUUAGCUAUUAAAAAGGCUGGUGUACUUCUGGUAUUUCAAAAUUAUACUAUGUGCUGCUUAAUACUGCCAUUUUAACUGGGACGUCUAACUUUUGAAUGACAUAUUAAAAAUGUUUUAUUAAAAAAAAAAGAAAAAAAAAAUCAGUUCUCCUCCAAAAACGAAGAGGGAGAGAAAUAGCACAUAUUACCUGAAAUACGUAUUUCUUAAUACCCUGUUUUUUUCUUUUCACGAUGUCCUCAGCUUAACAUUUUUUUAGUAUUUCUAAAGAGAAAUCCAAUUACUUUUAUGGUUAGGCUGCCUGAAUUUAACACCAUGUUGUUUAUAGCUGAAAAAGCGAGUGCCUUUUGCAGAAAGGGGAUUUGCAGUUGAAUUGAAUUUCUCUGCUGAAGUUAUAAGAAGAUGCUACCUCUGUUUCACUUAAACUUGUCUGCAUGCUUAUCACUGCAAGUGGUGCUUAUCUCUUUGUUUCCCUGCAGUUCUAAGACAUUGGUGGUGACUUAUUAUGCAGAGCGUUUUGUGCCAAUACCGUGGGUACAGAUGUGCGGUAUCGACUUUGAUUUCAGUCAGUUUAUAAUGUGAAAAUCUUUUAAACUUGCCAGUUGUCAUACUUCAUUAUUUCCAUAUGCCUCAGGUAAAAGUUCCUAUCAUUGUAGAAUCCAAAAAAAAAAAAAAAACCCACACACACCAUGUGUUGGAUACUGCAGAACAAUAUUGUAGAACUGUCAGUUGUCCUUCGUGUUUAACUAAUGGUUUUCUACUGUUAGCUCCUGCGUUGCUUAUUUCCUGUACUUGAAAACUUUGGA